GAACGAGUCGAACUCCUUCCUCAUCACGCGGCGAGUUUAUCUCCUCCUCUCACUCACUAACUCUUUAUUAUCUCUCAAUAAAUAAAUCUCAUUAUCUUUUCUCUCAUUUUACUCUCUCGUUUCUCUCUAGAUCGCAAAUCCAUCUACUUCUUCGUUUAUAAGAAAUGGAAACGUUCCUAUUCACAUCUGAAUCAGUCAACGAAGGCCACCCCGACAAACUCUGCGACCAAGUCUCCGACGCCAUCCUCGACGCAUGCUUAGAACAAGACCCCGAAAGCAAAGUCGCAUGCGAGACAUGCACCAAGACCAACAUGGUCAUGGUCUUCGGCGAGAUCACAACCUCUGCCAAAGUAGACUACGAAAAAAUCGUCAGAUCAACCUGCAGAGAGAUCGGUUUCAUCUCUGCCGACGUCGGUCUCGACGCCGACAAAUGCAAUGUCUUAGUCAACAUCGAGCAGCAGAGCCCCGACAUCGCUCAGGGAGUCCACGGUCAUUUAACCAAGAAGCCAGAAGACAUCGGAGCUGGUGAUCAGGGCCACAUGUUCGGUUACGCUACAGACGAGACUCCUGAGCUUAUGCCUUUGACUCAUGUUCUCGCCACCAAGCUUGGUGCGAAGCUUACUGAAGUGAGGAAGAACAAGACUUGUCCCUGGUUGAGACCUGAUGGGAAAACACAAGUCACUGUCGAGUACAAGAACGAUAAUGGAGCGAUGAUUCCGAUUCGUGUCCACACGGUUCUCAUCUCGACGCAACAUGAUGAGACCAUUACUAACGAUGAGAUCGCUAAGGACUUGAAGCAGCAUGUGAUCAAACCGGUUAUUCCGGCUAAGUAUCUUGACGACAAGACCAUCUUCCAUCUUAACCCAUCAGGUCGGUUUGUGAUUGGAGGGCCUCACGGUGACGCUGGACUCACGGGGAGGAAGAUCAUCAUCGACACGUAUGGUGGUUGGGGUGCUCACGGUGGAGGUGCUUUCUCAGGGAAAGAUCCGACCAAGGUUGAUAGAAGCGGUGCUUACAUUGUUAGACAAGCUGCGAAGAGUGUGGUUGCAGCGGGGCUUGCUCGUAGAUGUAUUGUUCAGGUUUCGUAUGCUAUUGGUGUGCCUGAGCCGCUCUCGGUGUUUGUUGACACGUAUAAGACUGGGACUAUUCCGGAUAAGGAUAUCCUUGUGUUGAUUAAGGAAGCUUUUGACUUUAGGCCAGGGAUGAUGGCUAUUAACUUGGACUUGAAGAGAGGUGGUAACUUUAGGUUCCAGAAAACGGCGGCGUAUGGUCAUUUUGGACGUGAGGAUCCUGAUUUCACUUGGGAGGUUAUUAAGCCACUCAAGCCAAAGGCUUAGAGAAAAUGAAAAAAAUUGGUAAUAGCAAGAACUGAGUUGUUGAAUAAUUAUUGCUGAAUAAUCCCAUACAUUUUUUGAAAUUUCUGCCUUUUAUUCUUCUUCUUAAUCUCUUGUAUUGUAAUUUUGAUUGUCAAGAAAACCAUCGUUGUGGUUUUAAACAUUGUCCUGUCAUCUUUCUUUAUUUCUUUCCAUUUUGAGCGUGAGGUUCAUCUUGUUUCAAUAUGUCAUGUUACAUGUCAACUAUCUGGAAAUGUACUAUUUGUUGUAUAGAGGAUGUGUGUAAGAUUUAUGAUUCUCUCCCUA